CAGUGUAGUAGCGCUGAACUUUUCAAACGGGACUUAAACACGCACGGAACGCUCAGCGUCGUCGACAGCUCGUUACAUUAAUCCAAAAACAUUUGUUGUGCUGUCAUUUAAUAUAAGACUUCCAUUUUGGUUAAACUCGCAGGGACAUAACGAAAUAAAGUGGAAUUUUUGUGACCGAAAAGGAAAAUAAAGCUUCAUGUAUUAAUGGAAAAGUGGAUAUCGUUUUUUUUUUUUUAGGAACCUAUUUGAACAUAUUGGGAAGCAGGUCGUCUGAUCAUGAUUCAGGACUUAAGUUACUGGCUGCUAAACUUUUAAGUGUAACGUUUUGCGCUGACAUGACAGUCUGCAUGGGGAGCACAAGGACAGAUAUAUAUUAAAGACAAACUAUAUGUGUUUCUAUAUAUACACGUGUUAAAAUGAUCUCGGAGGAGAGAAGCAAUCACACCUCUAAACAAGCUCUGGGCUUUCCGGUUGGGUUACUGAUCCGUUCACCCAAGAGACGCCUGGCAAUGCUGGGCAGAAAGAGCAGCAAUGGAUCGCUACAGUCCAGCGCAUCCGAUAGCACAGCUCAGUCGGUGGAGAGCAGCGGAGUCAGACAGCCGGCCAAGAGUAAGAUACGGAGACACAACAACCGCCUGAGCACUGUGUUUAACCGAAGUCCUAUUCUGCGGGACAGUUGGCAAGGUCAGGAUGACAAAACGCUAGCCAGGGACUUGCAUUCAGUGGACGACCCUGCCGAGCUAUCUAUUCAGAGGUCUCUUCCAGGGAUCCUAAAGAUAUUUGGCAGUGGCAUUUGUCAAGGGACCAACUACAAGAGUGUGCUGGCCACCAGUCACUCCAGUGCCAAGGAGCUGGUCAAAGAAGCUCUGGAGAGGUACUGCUUGGAAAGCGAAGACCCCAGUUCUUAUGUGCUUUGUGAUACGAUUGGCAGAACCGGAUUGGACAACGAGUGGAAGACUGAGUGCUUUCGGAUUGUCGGUGACCAUGAGAAGCCGCUCAUGUUGCAGUCACUAUGGAAACCCAAGGAGGGAUUCUCAAGGCGUUUCGAGAUCCAGAAAAGAGCAAGCGUGGAGGCACAAACUUCCAAAGAUACAGACACCAUCACUGCAGGCCUCAAUUCCCAGAUUCGAAAGCUGCAGAACAACAGAUCGCGGGUCACCUCCCUGUUUGUCGAUGGAACGGGAGAGGGAGGGGAUGCUGUAAAUAUCUGGAGGAGCUUGAGUGACAGGGACGUCUCAACAAUAGGAAAGGAAGCCAGUGUGGCCCAUAAUGCACAUCUGCAGGAGGAUCCAGAGGCAGAGGCUGAUAAAGAGGCUCACCGCCUCCACGCUGAAAAAGAGGAGACUGAAAGUAGCGAUGACAACACCACACAGUACUCCAUCCACCUGCCUUUUGAUUUCCCAUACUUCCUUUUGUUGCAAGGAUACAACCAAAGACAGGACUUUCUUAUCUAUCUGAUGAGUCGGAGCAGUUGUGUGUUUGGCUCCUCCGGUGAAUCCACUGCUGAUAGGGAGAAAGAGACCCUAAAGGUGGAUGUCCUGCUUUUCGCCCCAGAUAUCCUGCCUCAGCACUGCUGCAUACAGCGCCUGGACACCACUGAUCAAACCAAGACCUUAACCACACUCAGACCCUUACACUGCGCUUUCGUUACUCACAACGGUGUCCCUCUCGAAUGCGAAGUCGAGUUGUGUCCAGGAGACCUGGUGGGUCUCGGUCAGCACUAUCUCUUCAUGUUCAAGGACCCUACGGCUUCAGGGGCCUUCCAGACCCCAUCCUGGAUGGCAACGCUUUGUCCCCCUGCCACGGUGUCUCCCUGUAAACUCUGCGGAACCUCCGUGAGGAGGACGAGGCCUCGGAAAGCAGCGGCUCGCUGGAGGGACCUGGAUGGUAAGGUGGUGUUACUGUCUUACCAGCUGCAGGAGGAAGAUCAGGUCCUAGAGAAGAUUCUCAGCAUGGUGGACCCUGGAGGAGAAGAACCUAGACUCACUUCAGCAUUUCUGCUGUGCCUUUGCAUUCAGCACUCCGCCACUAACUUUGAGUUGGUUCAUCUCCGGAAAUUACUGCUUCAAAUUGCUGGUCAGAUCCAGCUUACCAUGUGGGAAAGAACAAAAGAACUCGCAGCUCUGCACCCAGACAUAGACACCGGCGAUGCAUCAGCAGAGUUGAACAUGAAGGAUCUGAUCUCAGGUCUGGAGCCGCUGGUGCUGUGGAUGUCCAAUUCAAUUGAGCUCUUACGUUUUAUCCAGCAUGAGGUUCCUCUGCUCUUAACAUGGAGACAGCAGGACAGAACUGGUCAGGACAAAGAAUGGUUGGAUUCUCAGAUUCAGUCCACACGUACAGCAAGUGAGGAGGCCAUGACUGUUUUAGAGGAAGUCAUUAUGUUUACCUUUCAGCAGUGCGUCUACUAUCUCACCAAAAGUAUGUAUGCUGUGUUGCCUGAGCUGUUGGACAGUAACCCUUUCUCUGAAAGUGGCCAGCUGCGUAUGCCUGCAGGGCUCAGCCAUGUCCUGGACGUACUGAAGGAAGCUCUGCGUCUGCUCAAUGCUUUCCAGGUGCACGGUGAGAUCACAUCUCAGCUGAUGGCGUACCUGUUCUUCUUCACCAAUGCCUCGCUCUUCAAUGCCCUCAUGGAGAGAGGAUCUGGGGGGAACUUCUAUCAGUGGUCUAGAGGGGUGCAGAUUCGGGCCAACCUGGAUUUGCUGAUGGACUGGAUUCAAAGCGUUGGACUUGGAGAUCUGGCUACAGACUUCUUCCAGAAGCUCUCCUCAGCUGUCAACUUGCUGGCUACUCCCAAAGAGACUCUACUACAGACAUCAUGGUCGUCUCUGAGAGCUGAGUUUUUUCAUCUGAAUCCGGCUCAGCUGCAUCAUAUGCUGAGAGAAUACAAUGCAGGUCGUGCGUGUCCUUCCUGCUGGAGCCCUUCUGCAGAGGACACAGCAAUUGCUCAAAACACCUCUAAGAUCCUGGAGAGUUUCGACAAUCAUCCUCCAUUAAUGCUUCCCAGCAGCAGUUUUCAUCUGGAGCUGGGGAGUCCCAUUACAGAUCCAGGACUGUUCACCCCUCUCCAGAACCUGCAGAAGUUCAUUCAGUCUCUCAGAGACAGCCAGACACCGUCUGACCCUCAACCUUCACAGGACUCCAGCAAUGACCUGACUGAAGAAAUGCAGUCUUUAACAUACUCAGGACCCAACUGUUACAGACCGCACCCAGAGCCUGAACCAAUCAGCAGCCAGGAUUCUGGGCUAAAGAAUCGUAACUUUGUGUGCGUGACACCUCCGCAGCACCGAAGCUCUCACACUAACCUGAGUUCAUGUGAGGCCGUCCUGACACAGAAACUCAAAUGUCUGCAGCUUCAGAACAGACUGCCUGGAAACACAGACCUGGGCUAUCAUAAGAGCCUGGCCCUUGACCCGUCCUGCCUACUUACACCCCCCAACACCCCUCAGAGUCUCGACCAAUCUGAACUUGAAGCCAGUUUAGUAGAGGGGGCAGCCCAGCAGACAGCACGACAGCACAGAAAAGUGGGGAGCACAGACCAAAGUACAGAGGAAGAUGAUGAUGAGAGAGAUGAAGUGUUCACAAUAGAGCUAAUAAAAGGACCUCAUGGCUUUGGGUUGGCAUUGGUGGAUGGAAUGCAGAAAACUCCAUUGAGAAUGAGUGGGAUCUUUGUUAAGUCAAUAGUACCAGAUUCUCCGGCAGCUCUCAACCAAAGACUGAGAGUCGGUGACCGCAUCCUCGCUGUGAAUGGCAUCAGCCUGGUGGACAUGGACUACCACAGCGGAAGAGAACUCAUCCGGACAUCGGGCGAUCUGCUCCGAUUACUGGCGGCAAAAACCGAAUCCAGGAGCAGUGCCAGGACCUGCAUCACCAGAUGCUAAGCGACAACACACGUCUGGAAGUUCAUUGCACACAUUUUUAGCUCAGGGCUGUAGCAUUGCUAGCGCUAGCAACUCCAAGGUCAUGGGUUUGAUUCCCAGGGAAUGCAUGAACUGAUUUAAUGUAUACAAUGCAUAAAUGUUAACUUAAAUGUUUGUUGCUGAAACCAAAGAAAAGGUGAUCCAGAAUGGAUUCAUGUGUUAUACUGUUUGUGUCGUUGGUUUUAUUGCUGCUGUCUCGUUACCAGCUUAAACACAACAUCAGCAUUUUUUUAAAGAAGUAUAUAAAAGCUUACCAGACAUUUGAAAGCAUUGUUUACCAGUGUUUUAUAUUUGCUUAGUAUCUGUUAUUUCUGUGUUUUGUGGUUCUGGUUUAUUGGGAAAUAGUUGUGGUCCAGACUGAGUUAUUUCAGCAUCCCUACAGCUCAUACUGAGAGAAUUACGCUGACAUUUUAUAACUUCAUAUGCCUGUUUUUAUAUCAUUAUAUUCAAACACUACUGUAAAUAUCAGUGCAUUAGUCAUUUUAAAGCAUGAUCAUAUGUUUUUGUAUUUUACCCAGGUGUCCCCUUUCAAGUGUCACUUAAAGUAUGACAUUUUCCCCACUUAUUCCCCAUGUUCAUUUUCAUUGACAUUUCAUAUUGCUUCAGUAAAUUAUGCAUCUGUCCAUUUGUGUCAAGUAACAGUGUUAUUUUGUGUCAUUAAUGUUACUGAUGGCAUUAAACAAAGUGUUUUAUUUAUAUGUAUAAGUGUAUACGUGUAAUAUUAUGUUGGUGUCUUUUUAAAGAGAUUAACUCUUUCUAUUUUGUUGACCUUGUUUCAUAAAGAAUAAAUCUUAUUCCUAAAUUCA